AUGUCGACGUACGUUGGUCACAACGUUCGUGAAGGAGUCAUGGCCAGUGCUACGGAGUAUGUCAGGCAAGAAUGGUCCAGGUCCAUCACUUCUCUCUUCCAAAAAUGCCUCUUCUGCCUCGAACAUCGAGUUAACGUGGUUGGUAUCGACUUGGAAGGAUUCAGAGCAAGCCAUAAGCUCAUUGAUGGGCUGUUUCACAUUCUGGCACUCAUAACUUACGUAAAAUGCAUCGGCCUUGGAUUAAGUGACGAUGUUGGCGGGCUAGCCCCCUUCAAUGGCAACAACGACGACAAAGAAGACGAUGGUGAAGAUGAUGAUGGAGGCGAUCAUGAAGGCAUCAAUACUGAUCAUGAGAACUCAAGCGAAAACGGCGACAAUGGAAGAUUCGGAGUGGUGGCGGUUCUGGCUCAUGCUGCUGCAAAUUUCGUUCGAGAAGAGAAGUGGGAUAGCUGCUGCUAG